UUCACACGGUGUGGCCGUACGGGCUGUAACUUUCGCCGUAAAAAAGCUUGUUAAAGCUGUCCCAACGCUCCCAGGAGCAUACGUACGAGUGCAAGCAUACCGAUAUCCAUUCUAAACGAAUGUAAGAAUGUCUCGCUACGUGCAGCGUCCGGAAAAUGCUCUGAAAAGAGCGAACGAGUUCAUCGAUGUCGGCAAGAAGGCACGAGCGCUCGAUACUUUGCAGGAGGUGUUUCGAGCGAAAAAAUGGAACUACAACUGGUCGGAAUCGAUCAUCGAGCCGAUUAUGUUCAAGUACUUGGACCUUUGCGUCGAGCUGAAGAAGUCGCACAUCGCGAAGGAAGGACUGUUCCAGUACAGGAAUAUGUUCCAACUUGUGAACGUGGGCUCGCUGGAAAACGUCAUCCGUGGCUAUCUGAAGAUGGCCGAAGAGCGCACAGAGCAGGCCCAGCAGCAGUCGUCGCAAGCGACUCUCGAGAUCGACGAUUUGGACAAUCUGGCGACACCCGAAUCGAUUCUGAUGAGUGCGGUGUGCGGUGAGGACGCACAGGAUCGCUCGGAUCGUACAAUUUUGCUACCAUGGGUGAAGUUCCUGUGGGAGAGCUACUGUCAGUGCUUGGAGCUGUUGAAGGUGAACUCGCACUGCGAGACACUGUACCACGACAUCGCUCGAAUGGCGUUCCAGUUUUGCCUGAAGUACAACCGCAAGAUGGAGUUCCGCAAACUGUGCGAAAAGCUGCGUAAGCAUCUGGAAGACAUAUGCAAGGUAUCGUCGCAGACGGCCAACGUCAGCAUCUCGAAGCCGGAAACGCAGCAGUUGAACCUGGAGACGCGUCUCCAUCAGCUAGAUUCGGCCAUCCAGAUGGAGCUGUGGCUCGAGGCGUACAAAGCCAUCGAAGACAUUCACGGUCUGAUGGCUCUGUCAAAGAAGACGCCGUUGCCAAAGACGAUGGCACUGUACUACCAGAAGCUGGCGAUGGUGUUUUGGAAGGCCGGUAACCAGCUGUUCCAUGCAGCUGCGCUGCUGAAACUGUUCCAGCUUUCGCGUGACAUGAAGAAGAACGUGACAGCCGAUGAAAUUCAGCGCAUGACAACGCACGUGCUGAUUGCUACGCUGGCCAUUCCACUACCAUCGGCACACCCCGAGUUCGAUCGGUUCAUCGAGACGGACAAGAGUCCGAUGGAGAAGGCGCAGCGCCUGGCGUUUUUGCUCGGUUUGCAGCAAUCACCGUCGCGAGCACUGCUGUUGAAAGAGUUGAUUCGACUGAACGUGUUGCAACUGGCAUCGCCACAGUUCCGUCAGUUCUACCAACUGCUGGAGGUCGAGUUUGAUCCCCUCAACCUAUGCAAUCAUGUGCAACGCAUAAUUGAUGAAAUCGAGGCCGACGAAAAGUCCCCGUACGUGCAGUACGUACAGGCGCUUAAGGAUGUCACCCUGGUACGGCUGGUGCGUCAGAUUUCGCAGGUUUAUCAGACGAUCGAGUUCUCGCGACUGCUGGAGUUGGCCAAGUUCGCCGAUUACCACUACCUCGAACGCAUUCUGGUCGAUUGCGUGCGCCACAAUGACAUGCAGAUCACCAUUGACCAUCGCAACGGUUGUGUGCACUUCGGGACGGAUCUGUCGGAGAGCCAACGCGAAGAUCAUCCGGACGGGCCGACGCUUCAGUCAAUGCCGUCGGAGCAGAUUCGUUCGCAGCUCGUCAACAUGUCGGUGGUGCUGCAUCGAGCGAUCGCGACUAUUAAUCCCAACCGUAAGAAGGCCGAUCGCGAACGGCUGCGCACGCAGAUGGUGCAGCAGUACGAGGAGAACAUGGACAAGGAGCACCAGCGUAUCCUGCAGCGGCAGAAAAAGAUCGAGGACCGCAAAGAGUAUAUCGAGCGCGUGAACUUGGAGCGUGAGGAAGAGGUGCUACGUCUGCAGGAAGAGCAGGCACGCAUGCACAAGCUGGCCGAGCAGCGGCGCCUGGAGGCAGAGAAUGAGGAGCGCGAACGAAAGCGACACGAGAACGAGCUGCAGAUGAUCAAGGAGCGCAAUAUUAAGGACAAAAUCGAUCAGAUCAAGCAGACGGCAACCGGGCAGAAGAUGCUGAAGAAGAUGGACGAAGAGGAGAUCCGUAAGAUGAACGCAGAGGAGAUAGCGGCCCGCGAGGCCGAGGAACGGGUGAAGGAGCGCAAGGCGCACGAUACCAGCCUGAAGACGCAGGAGAAGAAGAUCGACUACUUCGAACGAGCGAAGCGGAUCGAGGAGAUACCGUUGAUCGAGAAGUAUCUGCAGGAGCGUUCGGUGCAGGAUAAGGAGUUCUGGGAGAAACAGGAGGCGGCUCGCAUCGAGACAGCUGUGGCCGAACGUAAAACGGCCGAGGCUUGCCAGGAGCGGCUGAAGCGCAUGUUGCCCGAUCGUGACGUCUACUGGCAGCAGCUUAAGAGCGAACGAGGUAACCAGUUCGCAGAGAAGCUCAAGCAGUUCAAUUUGGCAAUGGAUGAAGAGCGCAAGAAGCGACUGGCCGAACGCGUCAUCAAGCGUCGUGAGGAACGGCGCCAGAAGUGGCUCAAGGAGAAGGAGGAAGAACGGAAGCGCAUCGAGGAGGAAUUGCGAAAGAAGAAAGAGGAAGAGGAACGCGUUGAACGGGAACGACGUGCCGAGGAACGGCGCAUCGAGAACGAGAAGCAGCGGGUGAUUGCGGAGAAGCAACGCGCUAAGGAAGAGGAAAUCGAGCGCAAACUGGCCGAGGAGCGCGACCGUUUGAAGGAGGCGGAUCGACGCGAUCGAGAGUUGCGCCGUGAGCGAGGUCGAGGACCUGUGACAGGAGACGCGAAACCCGAUAGCGAUUGGCGCAGUCGUGCUCCGGCGGCAACUGAAGAGCAGCCUGCGAAGAAAGAUGUAUGGCAGCCACGCCGCGAUGCUGGUGGUGCUCGUGGCCGCGAUGAGGCGCCGCGGAGCGAAGGAGCACCCGCUGACAAGUGGCGUCGGGCACCGGAGGAUGAUAAGGAGGUUGGCAGAGACGCUGGCCGUGACGGACCCCGUCGUGCUGGCCCGGCCGGAGAGGUGCGUCGUGGGGGAGAGGAUCGUGCGCCGAUUCGCCGAGCAGGUGCUGGGGAGGAUCGCGAGCGCGAAGAACGUGGUCCCAUUCGUCGGGGCCCCGCCACGGACGAUCGCGACCGUCGUGCUGCGCCUGGUGGUGCUCCGAGACGCGAUGAAAGGCCAGGAGGUGGUUUUCAGCGGCGUGACGAUCGACGGGAGGAUCGUCGUGAUGACCGCCGUGAUGACCGCCGUGAUGAUCGCCGUGAUGACCGCCGUGAUGACCGCCGUGAUGACCGCCGUGAAGACCGUGGCCCGCGUCCGGCAGGAGGUGCUGACCGUGAAAAUGUAUGGCGUCGCGGACCGGGCGAAAACCGUGACGACAAUCGUCGCGGUGCAGCUCGCGAAGACGGUGGGGGUGCACCACGACCAGAAGGAAACUGGCGUUCGGCUGGAGCACCGCGAACACAGGAACAGCCUGCCAAACCUCGCGAAGAACGCCCGCCGCGUGAGCAACAACGUGCACAGGAAAAUGUUCCACCACGCAACACUGGUCCGGAUGAGGAUGGCUGGCAGGAUGUAAAGCACCGCUAGAGAGCGACACGUUCUCCUCUAUCUGCUUUAACUUUGACUUUGGCAAUAGUGUUAAACGUUUAGCUAUCUACAUACCCGCAGAAACAAGCGCAUAAACAUUUUAAACUUUAUUUCUCUCAAGCCCUUCCCCACUGCGGGUCGGCCUGUUGGGCAAUGGAUUUUGUUUAUCUUUCUACUACAGUCAUUUUCUUCUCACGCUCGCUCGAUCGAUCGUUCUGCCGCAAUCGUCUUGUUGUGGAUGUUUGUCGUCGGGGGCUUUACCUCUACUC